CCCCCCUCCUCCCCAGGAGCAUCCCCGGCUCCCUCUGCUCUCGCCUCCACCAGCACCAGGGAAGAAUCACAACCCUCCAUGGCAGCGCUGGCUUUGGCAGGGAUGCAGGGAUGCGGUGCUCCUUGGGGUACCGCUGUGUCCCAACACCCUUUAUCCCCUCUCCUUGCGGCCCUUCUGUCCCUGAGGGUUCGGGGGAGCCAGGGGUAACCCCAUUUCUGCCUCUGGGUACCAGGACGCUGCCUCCAUCCCGGACGCUCACGUUCAGCAGAGCCAAAUCCCCCGGGAGCAGCGGGGGGAGGACGUUCCCAUUAUCCGGCUCCUGCUGUGUUGGAGGCAGCUGGACCAGCCGUGCAUUAAUAGAUUACACAGAGGAUUUGGGCUCACCGACAGGGAGAGGAGCGCUCGCAGGAGGCUGCAAGGCCAGGGCGAGUCGGCAGGGACGGACGCGGCUCCUGCUCGCUGCUAACACCUCCUCCAGCCAAGCCCCACAGAGCCUCCAGUUGCCACCAUGGAUGAGUGGGACCUCCCGCAGUGGAAGAAGGAGGUGGAAAGCCUGAAGUACCAGCUGGCCUACAAGCGCGAGAUGUCCUCCAAGACAAUACCUGAGUUUGUGAAGUGGAUCGAAGAUGGCAUUCCCGAAGACCCCUUCCUCAACCCAGAGCUGAUGAAAAACAACCCCUGGGUGGAGAAAGGCAAAUGCAGCAUCCUCUGAGGGGGCAGCCCCGCGCGCCUCUGCUCCCCCGCUGAAUGUACUCUUUUUUAAUAGUUAGCUUCCUAAUACGACCACCUGAACAAAAACCCUGACCUCCUCUCGUCUUAUUAUUUUUAGUACUAUUACUUUUGCUUUUUUUAUAUGGGGGGGAUGGGGAAACAGAAAAAGAGGGUGGGGGGACAGGAGAAGCAACGGCUUCUGCCGGGUUGGGCUGCACUUCCAGAGCUCCUCUCCCCUCUGCCAUCGCGCUGGGAGGCAUUUGAUCCUGUAAAGGAAAACAACUUCUAUAAAAAAAAAAAAAAACAUUUUUAGAGAUUUAAAAUAUUCUUUUGUAUAUUGUAGGAUAUUAUUUUGCAGCCAAGCAGACAAAAAUAUGACA